AUGCUCGGACAAAGGCCGACAGGGGUAUCGGAGGUACGUACCUCCGACCAUUCCGUAAUCAACAACUUUAUCUUGACUUCAUGUCAGCCUCAACUCCCAUGUUUUUUGCCUUUUUGCCUUGCAUCGUUCAUCAUACCAUUCAUACUAGUUAGUACAUCCAGAAUGGCAACGCAGACACAAACCGUUAUCGUUGCACCCCAAUCUGCACACACCAACCCCUCCAACAACAACCUCAUCACACUUUCCAGCCCUAAAGGACCACCUGAGAAUGAUAGCCACCCCGACGUUUCCAUGUCCAAGCGGGACAUCACCCUCCUCCUAACACCCCUCUGCCUUUCUGUUCUCUUGUCUUCUCUCGACCUGACGAUCCUCACCCCCUCCAUUCCCUCCAUCGUGGCCGACUUUGCCUCCCCACAAGGCUACAUCUGGAUCGGCUCUUCCUUCAUCCUCGCCCACACAGCCAGCACACCCAUCUGGGGCGCAGUGUCCGACAUCUUUGGCCGCAAACCCAUCAUGCUUUUAUCACAGGCCAUCUUCUUCUUCGCAAGCUUGCUAUGCGCCCUAGCAGAGAACUUGCACUCCCUAAUCAUCGGAAGAGCAUGGCAAGGGGUAGGCGCGAGUGGGAUGGGGAUGAUGGUCAAUGUGAUAAUUUGUGACUCGUUCAGCUUGAGAGAUAGGGGGUUGUAUCUCGCGGUAACAAGCGGGGUGUGGGCGUUGGGGAGUGCGAUUGGGCCGGUGAUAGGUGGUGUGAUGAGCACCAGGUUGAGUUGGAGGUGGUGUUUUUGGAUAAACCUUCCCAUCGGUUUUCUAGUUUUCUUCACCAUCCUCAUCUUCCUUCCACUCCCAUCACCGCCCAAGACCCAGAUCCUGACCGGGCUCAAAGCUCUGGACUGGUCUGGCUCGCUCCUCAUUAUCGGUAGUGCCCUGAUGAUCCUCCUGGCCCUCGACUUCGGCAAUGUAGUACUAGCCUGGUCUUCCCCCACAGUCAUCAACCUCCUCGUCUUUGGCGUCCUGACCCUGUUCCUCUUCUUCUUCAACGAGUGGAAGUUAGCCCCCAACCCAAUAUUCCCCGCAAGGUUAUUCCCCAAUCUCUCCACCAUCGCUGCCUACGGCGUCUUCGCCUUCGACUCGUUCGUUUUCAUUGGACUGGCGUAUUAUCUCCCUCUCUAUUCCCAAUCCGUGCUUGGAGCCAAUGCGCUCACGUCGGGAGUCCACCUUGUCCCAUUGAUCGUCUCGUGUUCUUUAUCGGCGGCGUUUGCGGGGGUGGCUAUCCAAAAGACGGGGAGGUAUCUCCCUGUUAUGUAUGCCGCGCAGGUCUUCCUCAUGCUUGGAGUGGGGUUGUUCGUCAGCCUUGACUUUGCGGAGCCAGAUAAUCUCGGGAAGUUGUUCGGGUACGAGAUUCUGGCUGGAGUAGGAGUGGGUAUGAACAUCGAGGGGCCGAUUCUGGCUGCGCAGGCGGCGGCGAGCGAGCUUGAUACUGCGGCGGUGAUUGCGGCGAUGGGGUUUGCGAGGUCGAUGGCGACUGCGGUGUCGAUUGUCGUUGGGGGAGUGAUCUUUCAGAAUGGAAUGGACGGGCGGAACCGUGGUCUGGUUGAGAAAUUGGGAGGUGAUAUCGCUAAUUGGUUUGGAGGGGGAGAAGCGGCCGGGAGUAUCGAGAGGAUUGGAUUGCUUGGUGAGCAGCAACAGCAGUUUGUGAGGGGCGCAUAUUUUGAGUCACUGAGGUUGGUUUGGAUCAUGGUAUGUGGUUUUUUAUCUGUUUGUUGGUGUUUGGGAAUUGAUCAGCUGACAAAUGAACAGUAUGUCGCGUUUGCUGGCCUUGCCACUGUCCUCACUUUGUUGGUUAGAGGGCAAAGGUUGAGCAAAGAGCACAAAGACGUCGUUUUGGGUGUGGAAAGAGGUCGGACUACGCAGGGGCAGCUACCGGUACAACUGGGACCUGUGCCUGAAGUUAGAUCGGGAGAGGGGAGUGCGGCGGAAAUCAGGCUGCGGAGGGCUGCAGACAUAUGA